AAGAGACACUAAACAUUCAUUGCUAUGAACCUUAAGACAGUAUGAACAUGCUGAAAAUGUUCGUGGGAUUUGUGUUCGUCGUAGGAGCAACUGUACUGGUUGAAGGCCAAUCGCGAAGAUGUUUUAUUGAUUUUGACUGUUCAGGAAAUGAGCGAUGCCAUCGUGGACUAUGUGUUCCCCGGGGAGGAAAUGCGUGCACGUACGAUGAAGAUUGUUCUAUCAAUGAAAGGUGUGAACUUAGAAGAUGUGUAAUGAGAAAUACAUCUCCAAUGUGUGAAACAAAUAACGAUUGUUCAAUCAACGAACAAUGUCGGUUUGGAAGAUGUGUUAUCGGUACUCAAGGUUGUCAAAACGAUUUUGAGUGUCCGAAUGGUUGGUGUAUCGGAGGAACUACUUGUGUAGGAGGAGAUACGUGUAGAACUAAUGACCAAUGUAGCUUUAUUGAAAGGUGUGAAUUUGGAAGAUGUGUAAUCGACGGUCAAAACUGUCGAAGUGUUUCUGACUGUCCCUUCAACAAUGCAUGUCGACGUGGAAAAUGUAUUGGAGACGUUGUUAUGAUUCCAGAGUGCCGCAGAGAUUAUGAGUGCCUUAGAGGCCGUUGUCAGCGAGGAAGAUGCACGGGGGGUGAAUGCACGUUUGAUUUACAGUGUUCACGCAACCAGCGUUGUCGACUCGGACAAUGUGUGCCAAAUGACAUUAACCCUCCAAGGUGUCGAAGCGACUUACAGUGUUCACGCAACCAGCGUUGUCGACUCGGACAAUGUGUGCCAAAUGAUAUUAACCCCCCAAGGUGUCGAAGAGACUAUGAGUGCCCUAAUGGCAGGUGCCUGCAGGGAACAUGUAUAGUCAAUCCCACACCAACCGCCUGUAACCAGUAUCUUGGGCUACAUUGCAACAGAGGAUAUAGAUGUGUGAAUAGGCAGUGCAUUCCAAAUGAUGAAUCUGAUUGCGGACCACAGAGAUCCUGUCAACUCGGCUACAACUGUCGUAUGGGACUGUGUGUGAGAGAUGUAACAUUACAACCACGAACCUGCCAAUAUAGCAGCCAGUGUCCUCUCUUACAGCGAUGUGUCAGUGGGCGCUGUGUACAAACAGCUGGCUAGAAAUAACGAGUCAACGGAACGGAAGACAAUUCAAAAAAGAAAGACAUCAACGUAUUCUUUACAACCGAUAGAAAAAAACGUGAAAUGGAAUUUAAAACGUAAUAAAUUUUGUUCAUACAUUA